CAUUCUUUUGUCUGUGAAAAUGCUGAGAAUAUCACUGUUGCUCUUUAUAGUCUUUUUCUCGUUCAUUUAUUCUUCAGUUAGAGCUCGUGUUACGUAUGAUGAUAGAGCCAUAGUCAUUAAUGGGAAGCGAAGAAUUCUCAUUUCUGGUUCUAUUCACUACCCAAGAAGCACUCCCGAGAUGUGGCCUGAUCUUAUACAAAAGGCUAAAGAUGGAGGUUUAGAUGUUAUUGAGACUUACGUGUUCUGGAAUGGGCAUGAGCCUUCUCCUGGAAAAUUUAAUUUUGAGGGGAGGUAUGAUCUGGUUAAAUUUAUAAAACUGGUACAACAAGCUGGACUUUAUGUUAAUCUCCGCAUUGGCCCUUACAUUUGUGCAGAAUGGAACUUUGGGGGUUUUCCUGUUUGGUUAAAAUAUGUAGCAGGAAUGGAAUUUAGAGCAGAUAAUCAGCCUUUCAAGGUGGCCAUGCAAGGAUUUGUUGAGAAAAUUGUCAACAUGAUGAAAUCAGAAGAUUUAUUUGAACCUCAAGGAGGACCAAUUAUUAUGGCCCAGAUAGAAAAUGAGUAUGGACCAAUAGAGUGGGAAGUUGGUGAACCUGGUAAACCUUAUGCAAAAUGGGCAGCUGAAAUGGCUGUGGGUUUAGACACUGGAGUCCCAUGGAUCAUGUGUAAGCAAGAAGAUGCCCCUGAUCCUGUGAUUGAUACUUGCAAUGGUUUCUACUGUGAAAAUUUUAAACCUAAUAAGCCCUACAAACCAAAAAUGUGGACAGAAGUCUGGACUGCCUGGUAUACAAGAUUUGGUGGUCCAGUUCCUCGUAGACCUGCUGAAGAUGUCGCAUUUGCAGUUGCAAGGUUUAUUCAGAACAAUGGUUCAUACUUCAAUUAUUACAUGUAUCAUGGGGGAACAAACUUUGGCCGGACAGCUGCAGGGCGUUUCAUUGCCACUAGUUAUGAUUAUGAUGCUCCAUUAGAUGAAUAUGGACUGCUGAAUGAACCAAAAUAUGGGCACUUGAGAGACUUACAUAAAGCUAUCAAGUUAUCUGAACCAGCCUUAGUUUCAUCCUAUGCAACAGUAACUUGGCUCGGCAAAAAUCAAGAGGCUCAUGUGUAUAACUCAAAAUCCGGAUUGUGUGCUGCAUUUCUUUCCAACUAUGACCCAAGCUUUUCGGUUAGAGUUACAUUUCAGAAUAUGCAAUAUGACCUGCCUCCAUGGUCCGUCAGCAUUCUUCCUGAUUGCAAAACCGCUGUCUACAACACUGCUAGGAUUAGUUCCCAAAGCUCGCAGAUGAAGAUGACAUCUGUUGGUGGUGGAUUAUCUUGGGAAUCAUACAGUGAAGAAACUCCGGCUGCUGAUGAUAGUGACACACUUUCAGCCACUGGACUAUGGGAACAGAUAAAUGUUACUAGAGAUUCCACAGACUAUCUGUGGUACAUGACAAAUGUAAACAUAGCAUCUGAUGAAGGAUUUCUAAAGAAUGGAAAGGAACCUUUUCUUACUGUUAUGUCUGCUGGUCAUGCCUUGCAUGUCUUCAUCAAUGGCCAACUAUCAGGAACCGUUUAUGGGGGAUUGGACAACCCAAAGUUGACAUAUAGCGGCAAUGUGAAACUAAGAGCUGGUAUUAACAAGAUUUCUAUGCUCAGUGUUGCUGUUGGUCUCCCGAAUGUUGGCUUGCAUUUUGAGACGUGGAAUGCUGGAGUUCUUGGUCCAGUAACAUUGAGUGGUCUUAAUGAGGGGACGAGAGAUUUGACAAAACAAAGAUGGGCUUACAAGGUUGGUAUGAGAGGUGAAUCUUUAAAUCUUCACACCUUAAGUGGGAGUUCAUCUGUUGAAUGGGCUAAAGAUUCGUUCUUGUCUCAAAAGCAGCCCCUGACUUGGUACAAGGCUACAUUUGAUGCACCUGAAGGAAAUGAUCCAUUAGCUUUAGAUAUGCGAAGUAUGGGAAAAGGUCAGAUAUGGAUAAAUGGUGAAGGCGUAGGUCGCCACUGGCCUGGAUACACAGCACAGGGCAACUGCGGUGAAUGCAAUUAUGCAGGACUCUACAGUGAGAAGAAAUGUCACACUAACUGUGGGCAGCCUUCUCAAAGAUGGUAUCAUGUUCCACGAUCGUGGCUGAAACCAAGUGGAAAUCUAUUGGUAGUGUUUGAAGAAUGGGGAGGUGACCCAACAGGAAUUUCUUUAGUCAGAAGAUCAACAGCCAGAGUUUGUGCUGAUAUCGUUGAAGGCCAGCCAAGUCUUAAAAAUUGGCGUAUGGCAACUUCUGGGAAAUCUAACAAUAUGCAACCAAAAGCUCAUUUGUGGUGCUCAGCUGGGCAGAAAAUCUCAAACAUAGAGUUCGCGAGUUAUGGAUUACCACAAGGAACAUGUGGAAACUACCGUGAGGGUAGCUGCCACGCUCAUAAGUCAUAUGAUGCAUUUGAAAAGAACUGCAUUGGACGGCAAUCUUGUUCAGUAAAUGUAGUGCCUGAAGUCUUUGGAGGCGAUCCGUGUCCAAAUACCUCUAAGAAACUCUCUGUGGAGGCUACUUGCAGCUGAAAUUAGCAAGGUAUUUACAGGCAAGUAAUGGAGCCAAAAUCUAUUAAUUUCAGUAAAAAUAUACUUGGAUUACAGAGAGCAUAGCUUUGAAUAUUUCUUGCUUCUCUGCAAGCUUUAAUUUCAUAAGUUCCAAGAAAGUUGCAGGUCGGGUUAAGGAUUGAAGAAAUUGUACAGCAUCUUGAACACCAUAGGUCACUAUGAUUUUAGUUAUAUACUACACAAAUAAGCUUCAUGUAUAUAUACGUAUACAACGAAUUUGUAGUUCAAUGGCGACCCUUCCACCAAAUGAUUGAAAACAAGGUCCUGGAGAGGAGUAAAGCUGCUAGUAGAAUAAGUCAAUUUGCAAGGGAGCCAACUUCCCCUUUUCUUUGUAAUAAUUCUACUGUACAAAACUAUAUCACUAAUUUUGAUUAUUUCUAUAGCUUUGCAUCCUUUUGUGCU